GUCAUCCGGGAUCAAGUGGUUUUUGCUGUUCGGCAGGAGUACGUGCUUCUUGGAGAUCAGCUUCUGGUCCUGGAGACAGGAGACGAAGUUGCCAUCAUCCCACCAAUUAGUGGAGGCUGAAUCUGUGGAAGUUCUGUAAGUCCUUCUAGUGAGCCAUGGAUGAAAGAGAAGAUGUGCCAAAAGAUUUUGUCAUGCUCAAGUCUGAAAAGCUGUCUGUAGAUGAAGUGUCAGAACUGGUCAUUUCACCAUGCUGUGGGGCAGUGUCUCUGUUCAUUGGUACUACGAGAAAUAAUUUUGAAGGGAAAAAAGUGAUUCGCUUAGAGUAUGAAGCAUAUACUUCAAUGGCAGAGAUGGAAAUAAAGAAAAUCUGCAGAGAUGUUAGACAGAAAUGGCCAUCAGUCAAACAUAUUGCAAUGCAUCAUAGACUUGGUGUGGUUCCAAUAACAGAGGCAAGUGUAAUUAUUGCAGUCUCAUCUCCACACAGAGCAGAAUCCCUUGAAGCUGUAACACACUGCAUCAACACUUUAAAAGCAUUCGUCCCAAUAUGGAAAAAGGAGAUUUAUGAGGAUGAAUAUUCUUGGAAAGAAAACAAGGAAUGCUUUUGGACAAAUUCAGAAAAAUAACUAUUCUUUUAUAAAUAAAGUGCUACUGCUCCUAAUGAGCGUACUGGUUUAGCUCUGAGUUGUUCUUACAUAGAAUCUAUAUGAUUUUAAGUAGUUGUAAUAGGUAUUUCAAUCUGAAUAAUUUAUUUGGGACUAUAUGAAAUGAAUGGGCAAUAGUUAGGAUUUUCAGGUGUUCUUGUAUCCUUUGAAAUCAUCUUUGUGUAGUUUUUAACAUGGAAUCAGUUUUUAGAACUAUCUUCCCUAAAAUUCAUGGUUGCAAAACAUUUAGUCCUCUGUGAUAUAUACUGCCUUAAUGCUUCUGUAUUUGUGGUAUUUGUUUGCUGUUUUCAUGGGAGGUCACAACAGGACAAUUGGAAUUUUUUUUUUAGUCUUAAAAUCAGGAUUUUUUUUAUAUGAAUGCAGAGUCAGUUUGCACUUUAUGCUAUUCUAACGUUCUUGCAACAUGGAAGCAUCUUAUAGUAGAUUAAUGGUUUUUCUUCUCUGUACAGACACAGAAGAAAAUAUAAACUGUACCGCAGUGUUAUUAACUUUUUAGUAGUGGUUGCCUUCCAAUAGCUGUGUCUCACAGAAAAGUGCAGCUGAUACCACAAGUCCUUUACAUUAAAGAUAUAUGAACUGACCUUGAUUCAAAAUUAGAUCUAAUACUCUGCCAGCAAAAAACUUGCAUUAGCAAUAGCACAUAAACCUGUACUUACUAAUGAUGUCUAGAUAUGAUGAAUUUUGAAGAAAUUUUUUUGGCUGUGUAAUUUUGUGGUUCUGCAUGGAAAAAAAAAUCCUUAAGAAUAAGUUUAAUUAGCUUUAGUAGUUUAACCUUAGGUUAGGAUGCAAAGUCAACAGAAUGGAUUAGCUGUUCAAAGAAAAGCUAAAUCCAUUGCAUACGUAAGUUGAAAGGAAUUUGUAGCUUAUAUAUGCCUUUAAAUUCACAUUUUUUAAUAGUUUUUCUCUUGUAAUGUUUUGCAACUUAAGAGACAAGGACAGACAUAGCAUUCUUGUUCUUCCACUGUAGACAAUAGGCUGCUUGUCUGAGUAAGAUAAUUUUAUUUAUGUUAUUAUUCUGUACUACAAAGUAUAGUAGAUGCUCAAAGUUCAAGGUGCCAUCGUGUAUGGCAUUUUUACUAAUGACCAACGGCAGAUUUAUCUAAUCAUUAUCAAUGUAGAGAAGAUAGGUAUAAGAAAAGGGGAAUAAGGUUAAGAUAAGUAAAAUCAUUUGCUGAAGCUUAAAUAUCAUUUCAUAACACAAUACUUCAACCUCAGCUGUAUAAAUCCAUUUCAUUGUGUCUGCAAUAAAAGUCUUCACAGCUGCUAGCAACACAAAAUCGAACUGGAAAAAUAGGCAGUGAUCUUUUUUCCCCAGUGAUGUCAGUCAUUUUUAAUGCUUAGUGAUGGUUACUGUACCAGGUUAGAUAAACCCCAGUAAAGCACACAACUUCAGGUAAAGGCAUGGCUAAACUGGUUAAAGCCUUACAGCUUACUCCUGCACUUUCCCUGUAUGGAAGUGAGUUCUUCCUCUGAAGGACAGUAGCUGCUCUUUGUAUGCAUGCAUAUACACAGCCUCCAAACCAUGUGGGCUGUAUUAUCUAGGCAGAGCUGAAUAAGUUAAAGGUUGCAUUUUCCUUUGCUUUGGAUGUUGGAGAGAAGCCCUCUUUUAAUUUGAGUGCCAUUUUUUCUGGGAAUUGUAUGGAAUCCUGACUACAGAUCACUUCUUCAGACAAGUAAUUCUUUUUGUUCUUAAAAAAACCCUAAAAAACAAAAAACAAACAAAAAACCCACCGAAAACCAAUAAAAACAAUCAAAUACACAGUU